UUUCCUUUAACCUGUUUACCCCCAAAAACCUCACAAAAAGCGCCUCUCUGGUCUGCGUUUGGCCUUCGUUCUCCGAUGGAAGACGAUGACGAGUUCGGAGAUCUCUACACAGACGUCCUCCGCCCAAUCUCUUCAUCUUCCGGUCCUCAAUCGCAACUGUUCUCCUCCGGUGCUUCUGCCUCUGCAAAGCAUCCGCCUGAUCUGAACCUUCAGAGCGAUGACGAAGAUGUCCUGUAUGGAGCUCCCGAUCCCUCUUUUACCAUACCUUCUCAAAGACCACAUUUAGAGCCCAUCAAGACCAAGACGGAUGCAAUUCCCGAUUACAGAACCGACGCCGCUCCGAAUUCGAAGGUUAUUGAUAGGGUGAUGAAGCAGGAAGUCAAGGUGGAAGAAGAAGAGGAAGUGGUGGCUAGGGUUUCGCAUGUUCGGGUGUUGGAUUCGAUAAAGGUGGAAGAAACUAGGGUUCCGGGGACUGGAGAUGGUGAAUUACAGCAGGCUGGGGAAGCUAGGGUUCUGGAAACUGCAGAACCUUUGGAGAAACCUGGAAUUGGUGAAGUUCAAAGCGAGAAAGAUGCCAAAGAUAAGAUCAAUUUGGAGAAAGAUAACAUUUUUGCACGGGAAGAGGAAGGGGAGGGGUUGGAUAUUGAUGUCGGAAUUGGUGAUUUGGACUCAGAACCGAUAAUUCCUGGGCUUUCUAGUGGUCCGUUUAUUCCUGGUGUACUUGAAAGUCAAGGAAACGAGGAAGAUAUGAAAGCAUCUCGAAGGGAUGAUAGCGGUGGUGCUGGAGAUGAUUGGGAUAGUGAUAGCGAGGAUGAUCUGCAGAUUGUUCUAAAUGAUAACGUUGGGCCUCUUGGCGUUGAUAGGAACGAAGCAAUGGGAAGUGAUGACGAAGAUGAAGACGGUGAAGAUUUGGUUAUUGUUGCUGAUGGUGACCAGCAUCAUCAACCUGUUGAGGAGCAGGAAUGGGGUGACGAUACAGCUCAGGCACCCGAUGGAGAGAGGAAGGAAAUAGGCGAGGCGUCAAAAGUGAAUGGAGGAAUGGUUAAUGCUGCGGGGGCAAGAAUUGGGUAUAGCGGUCAUGGAUAUCAUCCACACCACUCUCAGUUUAAGUAUGUGAGACCUGGUGCAGCAGCCAUCCCUGGAGGAGCAAUUGUUGGUCCUGGAGGUGCCCCUGGUCAGGUUCGCCCACCUAUGAAUAUUGGUCCUAUUGCUGGUCGUGGGAGAGGUGAUUGGAGACCGGUUGGAGUUAAGACUGCACCUGGUGCGCAAAAAAGCUUCCAGUCGGGUUUUGGAGUACCUAUUUGGGCUAGUGGUUCAUCUGGACGUGGUUUUGGUAGUGGAUUAGAGUUCACACUUCCAUCUCACAAGACAGUAUUUGAUGUAGACAUUGAUAAUUUUUCGGAAAAGCCAUGGAAACAUCCUGGUGUUGAUGUAUCAGACUUCUUCAACUUUGGGUUGGACGAAGAGAGCUGGAAAGAUUAUUGCAAGCAGCUUGAACAAAUGCGCCUAGAGGCAACCAUGCAAAGUAAAAUUCGUGUUUAUGAAAGUGGGCGAUCAGAGCAGGACUACGACCCAGAUUUGCCCCCAGAGCUUGCAGCUGCAGCAGGUAUUCAUGAUGUUUCAGCUGAAAAUGCACAUAUUGGAAAGACAGAUGGUGGGCAAGGUGAUUUAAUGGGCCAAGGAAGAGUUGCACGACCACGACCACCAAUACCAACUGGGAGAGCAAUACAAGUGGAAGGUGGUUAUGGUGAACGUCUUCCUUCCGUAGAUACCAGGCCACCACGGAUCCGUGAUUCAGAUGCAAUAAUAGAGAUUGUCCUACAGGAUUCGGCAGAUGAUGAUUCCGUCACAGAUACUGGUACCCUCAAACAGCAAGAUAAUGACUCCCAAGGGGAGGGCCUUAAAGGACAUCGCGAAGCUGAAGAAGAUAUUGGGCAGACUGAGACUGAAUACUAUGAUGACCGUUUCCCAGAAAGUUAUAAUGAUAGGAAAAGGGAAACAGUGGCCAGAAGAGCAUCAUAUAUGGGUUCCGUUCACAAUACCAUGCAUGAAGGAGAUGGGAUUUUGCCAUAUCCUGCUGAUGCACCUGUUCAAUACCAUCCUGGUUCCAAGGGGAGGACUCCUGUAUACCCUGGUAGUGUCUUUAGCACGCCACAUGAAGAAAGGUGGCCACAAGGAACAGCGCGUGACCGAUAUCCCCAUUUAACAACCAAGGAUGGAAAAGUAACCCCAAGUCAAAGUGAUCAGCUGAACAGAUCCCAUGAUAGUCAAAAGGAGAAGUCAGGGGGAAGCAUUGAUGGAAAACAGAGUCCAGAUUCGUCAUCCCCUAUCACAAUAGAAGCUGUAAGGGAGCCAAGUGUAGAACAAAAAGAUAAUGCAAAUGAUGAUCUUGUGUUACCUGAUAAAAACAAUGAAGUGGAAGGGGAUGAAAUGGCUUCAGAUACAAUAGUCCCAAGUGAUAACCUUGAUGACGGAACUGUACUUCAUUCUGUUAAGAAACAAAAACUGAGUUCUCUGGUCGAACAGCCUGCAGUCCAAGAACAUGGUGAAGGGGAUGACCUAAGGGCAGCACGUAGUAGUGACAACAGCAAAGCAAGAUCGGGGAGCAGCCGAGAAUACCAGAAGCGACAUGAAGGUGAUGAGGAAGUUGUUCAAGACGGACAGCCUAGACACACAAGGGAUAUGAAAAGGCAUUACAAUGAGCAUGACAUUAGUUUCAGAAGGAGAAAUGAUCAUGGCCAAGAUGUGAGAUCAGAUGUGGAUCGAAACCACACAGUUGUAAAAGGGAGGGAAGAUUCUUAUCGCUCCUAUGGUCAUAGAGAAAGGGAUCUCAAUUCACCACAUUAUUCACAUAUGAAGUCUGAGGGUUUUGAGAGGGCAAAAGAGAGAGACAGUUCCCUUGGAGCCUUGCAAAGGAGAGAUGAAGAAACACAUGGGAGAAGGUUGAAGGAGGAAGACACAAGGAAGCGGGAGCGUGUUGAGGAAGUGGUAUCUAGGCAAAGGAGUAAGGUCCGGGAAAGUGAGAGAAAUGAAAAAGAUGAGCAUCUUCAUUCCAGAAAGCGGGUCGACAAUGGUGAUUGGAGGGAUCGCCAUGAUAAAGAGGUUGGACCAAGACACCGGGAAAGAGAUGAUAAUUUGAUGAGCCAUCAUGAGAAUAUGGAUAGUUCUCAUACCAAGAGAAGGAAGGAUGAAGAGUACCAGCGAAGGGAACAAGCUGACAAAGAAGAACUUGUGCAUAGCUACAGAACUAGGGAGGAUACCAGCCGAAGAAAGCGGGAGAGAGAUGAUGUUUUGGAGCAGAGGAGGAGGGAUGAUCAAGCAAGGCUGAGAGAUAAACCUGAUGACUACCACUCCACUAGGCACAGAGAUGAUAGCUGGCGUCAAAGGGAAAGGGAUGACCGGCAGAGGCUCAAACAAUCUCAUGAAGAUACCAUGUCAAAGCGGGAAAGAGAAGAAGGGAGGACAACAGUUAGGAGUGGAAGAGGAGUAGAUGACAAGCAAUGGGCUGGGAAUGUUAGAGCUAAGGAUGAUUCAUCUUCAAAAGGUCUAAGUUCUGACAAAGAGUACCAAUUUAAAGAUAAAAGGCAGCACAGUGAGCAGCCUAAGAGAAGAGAACGGUUAGAAGAAGAAAGUCUUUCACAACAUAGGGGACGUGAGGAUUCCUAUGCACGUGAUAAUCAACUCAUUGGAGAGGACAGAAAUUCAAGGCGUGAAAGGUCAAGUUCUCAUAAUGAUCGCCCUACACGUGGUUCUGAUGGCCAAUGGAUGCACAAGGACAGACAUAAAGAGAAUGCUAGGAAGAGUAAGGAAUCUGCAGGGAGUGAUCAAAAUACACUAGGACCCGUCAAGCGAAAGCAAGAAGAUUAUGAUUCUCACCGUAGUGAGAAGAUAAGCAUGAAAAGCAUGAGUGAGCAAGAGAGUGGUGACAUGUCAUCACUAGGCCCUACUGACUCUAGGGGUCCUGGCAAUUCAAAGUCCAUGGCACCAUCCAAGAAGAGUCAUCACGAACCUGAAAUUCCACAACCCCACUCUUUCAGGAAACAUGGGGAAGAUGAUCCCUCAGACGAUGAGCAACAGAGCUCAAAGAGAGGUCGGUCAAAGCUGGAGCGCUGGACAAGCCAGAAAGAGAAGGAUGGCAAUGGUCGUACUGCAUAUUCUUUGUCAAAGACCAAGGACAGUGACAGGAUUAAUAAUGACCGGUCUCCCUUGGCCAGUGAAAGGCCCGAUGAAUCAUCUAUUUCAAAUGAGGCUGUUGGCCAACAUCUUCUAGUGGAGAGCAGAAAUACUGGUGAUUUAGAGAAGGUUGUUGACACGGAACCUACACCUGGAAGCCAGAUCGACUCUGAGAAAAUCGGAGAUCGUCACCUGGAUACAGUGGCAAAGCUAAAAAAGCGUAGUGAGCGCUUCAAGCUCCCAAUGCCAAGUGAGAAGGACAACACAUCAAACAAGAAGACAGAAAGUGAAGUGUUGCCGCUGAUCCAGAGUGAGACUGUUGCAGAUGCAGAGAUCAAACAAGAGCGACCAGCUCGGAAACGAAGGUGGACCGGUAACUAAGGGCAACGAGAUUUUCAUGGGCUGUAUGGCUCUUGUGUCUCUGGAUCUUCAGGUAAGCACUGAAUCGUGUGAUUCUUCAACAAAGAAUUCCAGGGAUCCAAUUUUCCCAUAUUCCUGGAUGCUUUCUAGGCAUUCUGGCAAAUUCUAAUGCCGACAUUUUCAAAAUUGUGCUUCGGCUAGUUUUGAAGCCGAAUGAUGGAUUUACUCUCCCUGUACACUGUUGCCAUCAAAAUACAUAUUCUCAUUAUGUAUGUAUACUGAGUGUAACAUUAAAUGGGUCAUAAGACAGUGGCCACAGAAAAAUGUCUUUUCUGUUUUGA